UAUAACACGAAUACUCUCAACAGAAAAAACAGCGGGAAAUAGGAAUCCCGAAGAAGAGCAUAGCAAUUUCAUUAACUAUUCGUGUUUGGCGACUAAAAUAAUUUGUGAAGAAACUUUGGGAAACAAGGUGCAAUAUUUUACUGGAUCUAAGAUAAAGAAUAUAUUUUGGAGUUUGUUAUGUCACCAGCAAAUAUAGAGAUUUCAACUGUUUGCUUGGAAACAUGGAUUCAUUAUCCAAAGAAUAUGUCCUGGCCAGACAUCAGAAUCUGGUAUUAAACCCAAAGUUAGAAAAUGGAACACCAAGUGAAAAGGCAGAUAUUUUGAGAAACAUCAUAACCAAUUUGCAGUGUUCCAAGGAUUCUGACAUUCUGGAGCAGUCAGAGGUAUCUCAUUUACAACAAGAGUAUGAAGAUCAAUACACCAACAUUGUGGACACUUUUGAUGAACAAACAGGUUUGAAUAACUUUGCUGCAGGGGCCCUUGCAAUUUGCAGUGGCAACAGAAAUGAGAGCCAAGCAUGGAAAAGCAGUCUUACACUGGACAAAGUUAAGACCCUUCCAUGUGUACAGGCAGCAUUGAGAAGGGCACAGAUUCUGCACAAGCCAGCUCUUGGUGGUAAGAACCUGUCAGACCCUUUACCAAGCAGACCGUCCCUAGGUAAAGAAAACCUGAUUAAAAAGGAGCUCAUUGCAAGAGGGCCUGAUAUUUCUGUACUAAGCAGUACGGGAUCUUCCAUCAUCAGCGGAGCCGCCAAUCCGCUAAUGAAUCUGUACCCAAUUGGGAGCACUGUGCCUAUUAUCAGUCAUCAAGGAUCAGUUCCUGUACAGACAGGGGUCAGCCACCAUCAGGGUCCCCAGCAUGUAGGGUUCAGGGCCCAGGAACAUGGUCAGUGUGACCUUUUGGCAGGAAGACAGCAGUCUGCAGAGGUCAUCAAUAGGAAACCGUUUUCCUCUGGGGGCAGGAAUCAGAAUCUAUUUAAACAGGUAUCUGGAUCAAAUGAUUUUCAGCCCUCCCACAUGCCCUAUCAGCAGCAGGGACAUGACCCCAGCACUGAGGAGACAGAGGAGGCCCGACCAGUCCAUAAUGCCUUCCGCACUGCAAAGCAGCAACUGGACAUUGACAAACAAAAGAAGUAUGGAGGUGGAGCCCAGAGCCGGGUACCAGCCCCUGCAGCAUACGGCACAGGGAAGAAGUCUCUGGGAACCAGACGUGGACUGAACAGCAAGUUUGUACCCCCAGUGAUGAACAGGGAGGAGGACGAUUUUGGUGACCAGGUAGCCAAUGUGGUAACACGUGCGGUGUUGAAGACAGGGGGAUGUGAGGCCAGUGGCUCUGGGGCAGCGCUGUUUGAAGGCAUUGAUGAAGAGAAACUGAAGGGCAUUGAACCCAAAAUGGUGGAGCUCAUCAUGAAUGAGAUUAUGGACAGUGGUCCACCACUGACCUGGGAUGAUGUGGCAGGACUGGAGUUUGCUAAGAAAACCAUCAAGGAGAUCGUUGUCUGGCCUAUGCUGAGACCGGAUAUCUUCACUGGUCUCAGGGGUCCACCAAAAGGUUUACUACUGUUUGGACCACCAGGGACGGGAAAAACUCUCAUUGGUAAAUGCAUUGCCUGUCAGUCCAAGUCGACUUUUUUCUGCAUCAGUGCUUCUUCCCUGACUUCCAAGUGGGUGGGUGAAGGUGAGAAGAUGGUGCGAGCGUUGUUUGCUGUGGCCCGUGCCAGACAGCCCGCUGUUGUGUUCAUUGACGAGAUUGACUCCCUGCUUACACAGAGAACAGAUGGGGAAAAUGAGGCCUCGCGUAGAAUCAAGACAGAGUUUCUGGUGCAAUUGGAUGGUGCAUCUACUAGCUCUGAUGAUAGAAUUCUUGUUAUUGGUGCUACCAAUAGGCCGCAGGAAAUAGAUGAGGCAGCCAGACGACGGUUUGUAAAGCGGCUAUACAUCCCACUGCCAGAGACAGAGGCCAGAAGGUCCAUCAUCACUAACCUGCUUCGACAGCAGGAGUAUGCACUGUCAGACCGGGAUCUAGACCACAUAUGUACACAUACGGAUGGAUUCUCCGGUGCAGACAUGGCCACUCUGUGUCGGGAGGCUGCCCUGGGACCCAUACGUGACAUGUCCUUUGGGGACAUUGAGAACAUAGCCGCUGACCAGGUUCGAGCCAUUACUUUUAAAGACUUUGAGGCAGCCCUGCGCAAUGUGAAGCCCUCAGUGUCUCAAAAGGACCUCGACAUCUACAUCGACUGGAACAACACUUUCGGCAGUGGAAGUCGCUGAACUGAUCAAAGACAAGGAUCACUGAAUUGUUACAUUUGUUAAGUUGUUAUACUGUUGCCCCUUUUCAUCUGUUAUAAAUCAUUUAUGCAAAUAAACAUGCAAAACAUA